UUUGCGCAUGCGCAGAAGAGUAAACGCACGUGUUUCUGCUACUGACCGAGUGAGCGUUGAUUAUCAGCAGAAAUUGGGUAUUUUACUUAAUUUUGUUAGAUUCUUUAUGAAGUAUCUUGAUUCGUAGCUGAUUAGUGGAUUAACGGAGAUUCAUCGAGACAGACUUGAUUGUUUUUAUUCUUUCUAAAAUGUGGGUCAACCAGCACAGGUUUAAUCUUGUUUGGUGUAGAAAACUGCAGACACUGGUGUCCUCCUCCAGAGUGGGCUCUCAGGCAGCUUCAUACCACCUCACAGCAUGUCUCCUGAGUGAAGAGGACAAAAACAUGGACACUCGUGUGAAAAGACGCCUCAGGAGGUCACCCAGUCUUCCUCAUGAUGGAAAGAAGGACUUCAGGAGGUCACCAGGUCUUCAUGAUGAUGGAAAGAAGGACUUCAGGAGGCCACCAGGUCUUCCUCAUGAUGGAAAGAAGGACUUCAGGAGGUCACCAGGUCUUCAUGAUGAAGAAAAGAAGGACUUGAGGAGGUCACCCUCAAAGAUCAAGACUUCUUUGGAGCAGAAUCAGAGGAGGGUUGACGUCCCCAGAGUCUCGUCUGAACUCAGGAAACUGUGUCUGGAGGAUUUCCCUGCAGAAAGGGAGCGGCCGGUGAGACCAAAGUCAGAACUGGACUCCAGAUCAGAGCACGAGGUGGUUUUUGGCGUGGCUCCGUGUCUCUUGGCUCUCACUCAGGGACGAAGGAGUGCCUAUGAACUGUUUGUGAAGGAUAGCGAGACCUCUCAGAGGGCGUCUGUGGUGAAUGUGUGCGAGGAGGCGCACCGGCGAGGAGUCCGGAUCAGCCGGGUCAGCAAGAAAAACCUGGACAUGAUGUCAUCUGGAGGAGUCCACCAAGGAGUUUGUCUGAAAGCAAGUCCUCUGAGCUUUCUGACCGUGGGCUCUGAACCUAAACGGACCUCCGGCCUCCCCCUGUGGCUGGUCCUGGAGAGAAUCCAGGACCCCAUGAAUCUUGGUGCCAUCCUGCGCUCUGCUUACUUCCUCGGUGUGGACGGGGUCAUCAGCAGCCUUCGCCACAGCUGUCCUCUGUCUCCGGUGGUUAGCAAGGCCAGCUCAGGCAUCAUGGAGGUGAUGGGGGUGUACGGGCAUGAUAACCUGGAGGAUCUGCUGAAGCUGAGGGCGGCGCAGGGCUGGCAUGUGGUCGGGACAGUCGGAGCAGAGCCGGAGGAGUCCCACGUUCCCGUGGUCCCGUGCUCAGACUUUCACAUGUCCAAACCCCUGAUGUUACUGAUGGGUGGCGAGGGGGACGGGCUGUCCCACAAGCUGCUGUCUCUGUGCCAGACUCUGCUCACCAUCUCGGCUGGAAGGGACCUGCUGCCAGGGAUCGAGUCUCUGAACGUCUCCGUGGCCACAGGCAUCCUUCUGCACUCUCUGCUGCACCAGAGGAACUCGCCCACAUGUUCCUCACAGCAAAGAACGGCGGCUCCAUGAACCCACAUCUGCAUGUGCAUGAAGUUCACUGUGUCGCUGCUGAAAAUAUGAUUCACGAUAAAACUGUUUUUACAUUAAAACCUCCAAAGAGAAAA